UACCUCCUACCCAUCUACGCGGAAAACGCUUAUAUUUUCUCACGUCAUUCACAUAAAAAAGGAAGGGGGUGGCUAAGACGUUCUGUAUAAGGAGAUGUAUACGGAAAAAACCCAAGCAAUGGGGUGAACUCCAGAAAUCUACUCCACACUCCAAUACUUCCAUUUUAAUUGAUUUUAACCGAUAUAAUGUAAGUAGCUCCUUAAGAGGACAUGGAAAUAAACACUGUGACAGUGUUAAACUAAGAACUGAAAGAUAUCCGGACUUUAAACCACUUUGGAGGUUUUUACCCUUACAGCCUGACCUGUAUAUGAAAGCCAGCUAUUUGUCUCCAUCUAGUGGAUUUGUAAAACAGCACAAGGGAUGCAACUGUCAUUCCUUGCAAACGAGACUAAUUUAUUUCUAAAAAGAAGAUGCAAAGUCUCAAGUCACUAGCAGCAAAACCUGACUACCAUGCCAGUAAACUGAUAUCAACCCAACUGUGUGCAGCAUCUGUAUGACGUCAUCGGGAAGCGCCUGUAUUUACUUCCAGUCCAGUUAGCCGCUGCUGCAAUGGAAGUAAACAGGGAUGAAGCGGAGCGCUGCAUUGAUAUUGCAACUGCGGCAUUACACAGCCACCAUCCGGAGAAGGCACUAAGGUUCCUGGAAAAGGCACAGAGACUCUACCCGACAGAAAAAGCAGAGGCGCUGCUGGAUCUAAUAGCAAAGAAUGGAUUCACACCCAGGCAAGGUGCCCACUCAGACUUCAGCGGGGUCUCUGGGCCUCGACAGCGGGAGAGUACUGGUGAGGAUGCCAGACCUGAUGAAAAGCCGUCAGACACUUCAAAACCCUUCACCUCAGAACAGCUAGACGCUGUGAGAAGCAUAAAACAAUGUAAAGACUUCUAUGAAAUCCUCGGAGUCCAGAAAGACGCCUCCGAAGAUGAGCUGAAGCGAUCAUACAGAAAACUCGCUCUGAGAUUUCAUCCUGACAAAAAUCGUGCUCCUGGAGCAACAGAGGCAUUUAAAGCUAUUGGAAAUGCCUACGCUGUUCUGAGUAACGCCAACAAAAGACAGCACUAUGACCAAUGUGGCGAUAAGAGAAAACACCCAUCAAGCACUUGCUCAGACAAUGGAAACUUUGAGCCAGACAUUUCACCUGAAGACCUCUUUAACAUGUUCUUUGGAGGAGGUUAUCCAUCAAGCAAUGCUCAUGUAUAUGCAAAUGGUCGGAUGCGUAACCAAAGGCGUGAGAGAAGAGAACGUCAGCAGGAUGGAGGUCUAGCACUCUUUGCGCAAGUCAUACCCAUCCUCAUCCUGGUUAUUGUGUCAGCUGUUAGUCAGAUAAUGGUCAAUAACCCCUCCUACAGCCUCAGCUUCAGGCCGUCAGCAGGUUACACACAGAAGAGGCUGACUGAAAACCUGAAGGUGCCAUAUUAUGUAGGGGAGCAGUUUUCCAAAGAGUUUACUGGUAUGAAUCUGAAAAAUCUGGAGCGUUCAGUGGAAGAUGAUUAUAUUUCAAACCUUCGCAACAACUGCUGGAAGGAGAAACAACAAAAGGAGGGCAUGUUAUACAGAGCUCGCUACUUUGGAGACACUGAGCUGUACCAGAGAGCACAGAGGGCUCGAACACCAAGCUGUGCAAAGCUGUCUGAUAUCACAGCAUCGUUACAGUAAAAGCAGGCUUCCAGAAUCCCCAUAAAAGACGACUGGCUGUAAAUACUUAAGCUUUAACAAUUUGAAGGCUGAAGACGACUCAAGUAACACAUACAAAUCAUAAAUCCUCACCACAGGCUGGUUGAUGAAACUCUGUGGCAUUUUUGUUGUGAAACUAACAGAAAAAUGUUUCUAAAAAUUGUUAUGAAAUGAAGAAGCCAUGUAACAUCCUGUUAACCUUAGUUCUGACUUGGAGCCAUGAAGCUGACAAUGAUUGCUUCACCUUUUUGUUUGUGAUAACCCAAGAUUUAGCUAAAAUCCUGUAUAGUUUAGCUAUAAAUAGUCAUAUGGAUGUUACUUAUGUAGCCGUUUCAGAACAUUGAACGCUUCCUCCUUUUUUUGUGCAAAUUAGCAGAGAAAACAUCCCCACUGACUCUAAAUGCACUUUCUAACUAUGCAGGGAUAUUAUGAACCUCUUAUGAAUAUGUUCACUUACUUCUAGGCUUUGUUAGACACUUAACACCUAUUUGUCUUUUUUUGGUUGUGUAUGUGUGAGAAGAAAUAGGAAACCUUGUCACUUUGCAUUGUUUAUUUGUAUGAAGCAGAGUCUUGCAGCGUAACCUCACUUCACACUAGAUACCAAGAGGGUGUGAGGUGUGCCUACCCACCAAGUGGGACAAUAGUUUUAGUUUUAGUGUAAUGUCACUGUUACAUCUUAUUUGUCUAAGUUGAUAGUAUGCUAUUUUAUUCUUUAUAAUUUUUGAGUAACUGGAUUUUAAGAAGAGAACAGUAGAGACUUUGCUCACUUUUUCCACCAUGUUUUUACUCCCUGUUGAAAAUAAAUGUGGAUGCUUCAA